AUGGGUGCAAGAACACUGCGAUUGCCAAUUAUUACUGACAUCAAACAUAAGGGAAUGCAUUUUAUCAUCAUGGAUUCACCUUCUAAAAAUAACGUGCCUUAUUUUGUGGAGGAAUGUUGCAAGCUUAACGUUUCGGAUGUUGUCCGGGUCUGUGAGGACCGAUAUCCUGUGGAACCUUUCGAGAAAGCCGGUAUAUGUGUCCAUCAUUGGGAAUUUAGUGAUGGUUCACCUCCACCUGACAGUGUACUUACAGAAUGGUUCACUCUUCUUAGAAAUCGAUUUUAUGGUGAGAACAAUCGUGUUCAUGAUGAUCCAAAAAAUGUGACACGUGGUCCAAUCGCUGUUCAUUGUAUAGCUGGUUAUGGAAGGGCUCCAGUCCUAGUCGCCGUUGCAUUAAUGGAGCUGGGAAUGUCUAGUGAAGAUGCAAUAGAGCUUAUUCGCAAUAAGCGUAAAGGUGCAUUCAACGAUCGUCAAAUUCACUAUCUAACCAAUUAUCAUGCACACUCUCGUCUUCGUCGCAAUAAUCAUCGAUGUUAUAUUGUAUAA